AUGGCGGCCGUGGCGGCCAUGGCGGUGACGGGGCGGCAGCUCCCCCGGGCAGGGCCGGGCCCCGCGGGGCUGCACCGGGACUGGACGGCCGAGCCCGUCAGCACCGGCACCACCAUCAUGGCCGUGGAGUUCGACGGGGGCGUCGUCAUCGGGGCCGAUUCCCGAACCACCACCGGGUCCUACGUGGCCAACCGCGUGACGGACAAGCUGACGCCGGUCCACGAGCGCAUCUUCUGCUGCCGCUCGGGCUCGGCCGCCGACACGCAGGCCGUGGCCGACGCCGUGGCCUACCAGCUGGCCUUCCACAGUGUGGAGCUGGAGGAGCCGCCGCGGGUGCGAACGGCCGCCCGCCUCUUCCAGCAGAGCUGCUACCGCUACCGCGAGGAGCUCAGCGCCGGCAUCAUCGUGGCGGGCUGGGACCCCCGCCGGGGGGGACAGGUGGGGGUUUUUUUGGGGGAUGGGGGGUGGUUCUUCUUCUUUCCACCCUUUUUGUCGCCUCUGGAAAC